AUGGUCGUCCUUGGUAACUUCUUGACUGCAGCCGUAGGCUUUGCAUCCUUGGUUCUUGGUCAGAAUUUCAAUAACCCCGUGCUCUGGGAGGACCUUGCAGACAACGAGGUUAUUCGAGUCAACGAUGCCUACUACUACACAGCGUCGACGAUGCACUAUUCGCCGGGAGCCCCAAUCCUGCGCUCGUACGAUCUCGUCAACUGGGAGUACCUCAGCCAUGCCGUUCCAUCACUAAAUUGGGGCACAAAGUACAGUUUAACUGGAGGUCAACAAGCCUACGUCAAGGGCAUAUACGCUUCUACAUUCAAGUACCGCAAGAGCAAUGGAUUAUGGUACUGGAUCGGGUGCAUUGAAUAUUCCGCUACAUACGUCUUCGUCGCUUCAUCGCCAACAGGCCCAUGGACCCAGAAAGCUAAAAUCGCCACGUGCUACUACGAUGCAGGCCUGCUCAUCGACGACGAUGAUACAAUGUACGUAGCAUAUGGAAACACUCAAAUGAGCGUCGCACAACUCUCCAGCGAUGGUCUAUCCGAAGUAAAGAAGCAAGUGGUAUACUCGACUCCGUCCAGCAUUGGGACCUUGGAGGGUAGCCGGAUGUACAAACGCAAUGGCAAAUAUUACAUCUUUGUCACCAAGCCGGCGAGCAGCCAGUACGUUCUCCAGGCCAGCAGCCCCUGGGGUCCGUACACCAUUAAGGCUCUCGUUCAAAGCGUGGCCGCGCCCGUUUCUGGAGCUGGAAAUCCUCAUCAAGGCAGCCUCGUCGACACGCCGGAUGGCAAAUGGUAUUACAUGGCGUUUAUCGACAGUUACCCGGGUGGUCGACUCCCGGUUCUUGCUCCGGUUACUUGGGGCUCCGACGGCUUCCCGGCUGUAACCCUGUCUAAUGGUGCCUGGGGUACUUCAUACCCUUACCCAACGACACAACGCUCAGUGCAAUCACCGCUCGGCACCGAUACGUUCAGCGGGUCGUCCCUCGAACCGGCUUGGGAAUGGAAUCACAACCCCGACACAACCAAGUUCAAGGUCGCUAGUGGGCUAACUCUGAGCACGGUGACGGUUACAAGCGAUCUUUAUGCUGCUCGUAACACGUUGACGAAACGUAUUCACGGCCCCACUGGAGUCGGCACUGUUGUCAUCGACUUCACCAACAUGGCUGAUGGCGACCGCGUGGGCUUAUCUCUAUUGCGCCAAGACUCUGCAUACAUUGCCGUUGCACGCUCCGGCUCGUCCUACUCCAUCGUCAUGUACAACGGCCUCACAAUGGUCCAGAGCACCUGGGCCACUGCGUCAACAGGUUCCCAAGCUGCGAGCGUGCCCAUCUCCCAACGACGUGUCUGGCUUCGUGCCACUGCAGACAUUAAACCAGGUGCUGGGAAGAAGGGCUCAUUCUCGUACAGCCUGGAUGGCACAAACUUCGUUUCGUUCGGUUCUCAGCUUACUCUGAACAAUGACUGGCCAUUUUUCAUGGGCUACCGAUACGGCAUCUUCAACUUUGCGACGAAGGCCCUCGGUGGUUCUGUAAAGGUUGAGUCUUUCACGAGUGCAUGA